AUGAGCAUACUCCUCUCCUGCUUGACAUGCGGGCGGCGCAACCGCCAGAAUGUCAGUCCCGAUCCUUACGCUGUCCCUCAAGGCACCGAAAUGGAAGUUCCCGACAUAGAUGACACGGCCAUCGUCCCUGCCAAAGGGUUCCUCGGUGUUCCCGUUAAUGGUCUACCGACAUACCAACCCAAGAACGAGCAACCUCAAUUCUUCUCCCCCGCAAACUGGGUCGUGUUGACCAUCUCGGAUGUUUUGUUGACCAUGCGUAACGAAUGCCAUCUUGCACGCUGCGUUCUUUUUGAAACCGCCCGACUUCAGAAAUCUUUACUUUCCGUGGGUUUACUGAAGCUUUCCGACGAUGCCCGCGUCGUCGACAUGCAGUUGAUCGAACUGGACAAAACCUUGGUACAUGGAGAUGAACUCAUCCACGGUUCCUGGGGUGACGAAGAUAUAGAGAAACAAAAUGUCAUUCUCAAAGGAGACACGUUUCAGAAAGCUCUUCGUAUGAAAGUUCCUUUCCUUUCAUUCCAUUUUGCCUUGGCUGUCACGAACGAUACUAAUAAUAACGUGGCAAAAAUAGGUGCAGCCAAGAGGUCACUUCGGGAGUCAGACAAGACCUUCAAUGACCAAAUCCUGGGCGAGCUAAAGAAUGGCAUGCAGAGCAAAAAUAGCAUUGACUACAGGCAGAUUGAUGAGAGAGUGAGAAACUUGAAUAACGAGAUUCAGCAGAUUUAUUACAGGGUUACGACUACGUUUUCUGAAGAGGAGAGAAAGGCAUUAGGGCGAUAA